AUGGCAGCAGUGCAGCUGACAUGUGCCUAACGUGACGAGAAGAAGAUGAACUUCAGCCGGAAAAGAGUGAGAGCGUAGUUGAGCUGCUCACAGUCCUCACAGAGACAUGCAGAGUGCUGGAGGCAGCGCGGAUCAGCCUCAUCCUCUGUUUGGAGGAGCGCUGUCAGCUGUCAUCCCCCACAGCGCCACAGACACCAGCGAGCUGAGGGAGAUCCCGGACAACCAGGAGGUGUUUGCCCAUGCACACACCGACCAGAGCCUGAUCGUGGAGUUGGUGGAGUAUCAGGGUCAGGUGGCAGACCAAGACGCCGCCAGGUAUCACUUUGAAGACAUCGCAGGCAGUAACAAAGCUCUAGAGCCAGGUGCUUUUGAAGUGGCCAGCGUUGUGCCCCUGCCCAAAUCUGAGCUGUCCCUGUCAGAGUGCAGCUCUGCCUGGAUGCUGACUGGGACACAGUGUGUAUCCAAAUUCAACGAAGAAGCGAGGAAUACAGUGACCCUUCACCUGGGUCUGUUCCGGCUGCCACAGUUCUCCACAGAUGUCCUGAUAAGCUUCAAUGAUCCGCAGAACAUCAGCCCUGACAGCAGCAGUGCUGCUUCAGUGGGGACACACAGAGGGCCAUGGACGGUGAAGGACUUCCAGCGCUUGUUGCAGACCCUGACUCUGCACAACCCGGGGCUGUUUGGCUAGAACAACUGCGUGGGACCUCACCUGAUUACAGAUUUAGUCCCAGGCACAUUAAAACAUGUUAAGCCUGUGUUUGGUGGGGGACACCAUGAGAAGCUAUCCCGCACCAUGCUUUGGGCCCACAAGUUUUAGAAGUAAUUCUCUUGAGCAGUGGUCCAAUCCCUGCUAUACGACAUAGGAAUACAUGUUCUGUUCUGCCUUUGAUUUUGUUCUGAAACCUAUCUCAUGAUAUAAAGAUAGUUUUGUCAUAAUAAAUGUGUUGGAAGAA